GCAGCACUGUGGUCGUCUGUUUGUAUGUAACAUGGCGGCAAUCUGGUGACUCAGCCUCACGUCUUGUCGCUGGCAACGUGUAACUCUUAUAGGCCUGCAUUUGCUGGCUUUUUCACGCACACAUUUCACUGAGAAAAGUCACUAAUUGUGGAUACAAUGGAUACAAAUGCAAUUAGCUAUAAAAUCGAGCCUGUAAUGAGAGAAGCUCGAGACAAAGGACAGAUAAGCAGAAUUAAAAAGCUGAAGAGAAGAAUAUCUGCAAGUUUUGGACGCUUGACUAUUAGUAAAGAAGAAACUAUUCAUGAAAGUGAUCAUGAGAGUGACAGUUGUCCCAGUUCAAUUGGUUGUAGCUCCACCACUCACUACUGGUCUUCAUCUUCCCAGAACGUGCCACUACUCAAUGGGGAUCAUUCCAAAAAUGACAUUUGCUCUGAGCGAAAAGAAGCAACUUUGCCUCGAUUAUCAGCCUAUCCUGUUGUCCCAAGAACCACAGUAAAAAAGUGGACCCCUGUCAAAAGACACCAUUCUGCAGGUGACAUGUUGGUCACUGAAAUAGAGCCAGGUAAUGACCUGGAUAAAGUAGAACGUCCAAAAUCAGAAGGACAUGCUUACACCAGGCAAUUUUCACCAAAGAGAACAUCUAGUUAUGGGGGCCAAUCUCCUUUUGGAAAAGCAAUCUCAUAUAAGAAACAAGAAAGAUUAGGUGAAGGUUCAUAUGCAACAGUUUAUAAAGGAGUCAGCUGUUUAACAAAUCAAGUGGUAGCUCUUAAAGAAAUCCGGUUGCAACAAGAAGAAGGAACUCCUUUUACAGCCAUUCGAGAAGCUUCAUUAUUAAAGGUCCUUAAACAUGCAAACAUUGUCACAUUGCAUGAUAUAAUCCGUACAGAUGAAACAUUAACAUUUGUUUUUGAAUAUGUUCAUACAGAUUUGAGUCAGUAUUUAGAAAAACACACCGGUGGAUUAAAUGCAUUUAAUGUUAAGUUAUUUGCAUUCCAGUUGUUAAGAGGAUUGGCAUAUUGUCACAAGAGGCAGAUUUUACACAGAGACUUAAAGCCUCAGAAUCUCUUGAUUAGUGAUGAAGGGGAACUUAAGCUUGCAGAUUUUGGUUUAGCCCGGGCCAAGUCUGUUCCUAGUCGAACAUAUUCCCAUGAGGUUGUCACUCUUUGGUAUCGGCCGCCGGAUGUACUGCUUGGAUCAACAGAAUAUUCCACAUCCUUGGACAUGUGGGGAGUCGGUUGUAUAUUUACAGAGAUGAUAUCUGGUGUUGCCACAUUUCCAGGGAUGAAAGAUACAUACGACCAAUUGGAUAAGAUCUUUAGACUCUUAGGUACCCCAAAUGAGGAAUCCUGGGAAUCAGUAACGAGUUUACCUAAUUAUGAUAUAACUAAAUUCAAUAUGUACAGCCCCCAGCCACUUAUUCCUUGUAUCUCCAAACUUGGUUGUAUACCAAAUGCAGCUGAAUUGUCAACAAGCCUUCUACAAAUGGAACCUUCCAAACGAAUAAGCGCCUCCAACGCAAUGAAACACGAAUAUUUUUGGGAUCUCCCACCAAAGAUUCAUCAAUUACCAGAUGUGGCUUCCAUAUUUGACAUUCCUGGUUUGAAACUUCUGCCCGAAAUGAAUGAACCAGUCAAUGCUGCUCAAAAAAAGCCCACUUGUCGCAGUGGCAUACGAACCACAUUAAAGGCAUGAGAAUGGGAUUGGUUCAUAGAGACUAUAGAUAUGAAAGUUUCUACUCAAGAUGGCAACUCAUUUGGAUUGUUCAACAUUAGAGACCACUAGCAGUAGUGAUGGUCACUAAUGAUCCUCUCAACAGAUUUCAUUUGUUCCUUUGGUCUCAUUAUUCCAUAUUAAUCAUCCAUAAUGAUCAAGCUAAGUUUCAAGGUCAUCUGCUGCAUAUCCCUGUUAAUAUGCACCACAAUAUUUGCUGUCCAUUCUCAACAGAUUCUAUUGAAAUGGUCAAUUAGAAAGAAAAUGUUAGUUUGUGUUGUUGAAAGACUAAACAAGCUGGCGUACACCAAAGAGGAAUACCAUCUUGAAUUUAAAAAAUAACAACCAAAACAAACUUGAUUUAUAUCUGAAACUAGUCCAUUGCUUAGAGCCUCAAUUUUGUGCCUGCAAAUCUCCCCCCACAUCCAACAUUACUACUAUAAUAGUGAUUGAAAGAACUUUUCCAAGACACAGACAAGACUUUUUUUCCUAUUGCAAUAUAUUUAAAACUGGCUCAACAUAUGGAGAAAGAGAGAGAAGAAAAAAAAAACUAUGCCUACAUUGGGCCUGUAUUUCAUAAAGUCCAGAAAAAUGGUGAAAAAGGAAAUUUUAUUUUCGAUACUGAACUCCUAAGUAUAAAACUAAACCCUUAAUCAUGUGAAGCAUUGAGUUGGGACUAAAUUCUUCGUGUAACCUUCCACUCCUCCAGGUAUUUUCUUUAAAAUGUCUACUUCCCCCAUAUUAUGACAAUCCAAUUGCUAAUUCCUCUGAAUUGAUUAUGACUGGCUGAUUGUUAAAGAAAGCCAGUGCUGUUUGUGCUCUUCUCUGUCUAAACCCAUUAGAUUGUUAUAUUAAACAAUUAUAGUUAUGACUGCUAAUUCAUGAAUGCUUUUUUUUUUUUAUAAAAAAUGAGAAAAAAAAUCCUACUCCCUAUUUAGCAGUUAAUAAAAGCCAUUUGGCUGUGUUAUUUUCCAAGUUUUGGAUAGAUGAAUGAGUAAAUUACACUUUGUGACAUUUUAUAAACUUUGAUAAAUUAGUUUGUUACACGAAGGUUUACAAAGAAACAAAACUUAUCAAGUAGAACUGGUUCAUCUGCUCUAUAAAUAAAUACUCAAAAGUGUUUUUUUUAACGAAAAAGAAUAUUUGUUUAAAAAAUAUUGAAAAGCUGUGAAAGAGAUAAUUCUUUACAUUUAUACAAAAUAAAACAUUUUGUUCUUGCACGCAAUACACGGUGCUGACAUUAUGAAGUUAUGAAGAUUUUAUUACAAUCUUUUCUUAUAAAUCGAAUCUGUGAGAAAAAUAUUUUUUCAGAACAAUGAAUGACCAAACUUGCUAUCUUAAAGGGAUCACCAAUUUCGAUUCUAUGAAAGCUUGAGUGCUGAUGUCAUAAAGGAUUUCUGUGAUCAAAUAUCAGUGCUAGAAGAAACAAACAGCACUAAGUAAUGAAUCUUCUUUAACCAGCUAAUAACUUCCUGGUUUUGGGGGUCUAAAAAUAAUUCCUGAAAAUCUUGUCAAACAUCAAGAAACUACACACAAUUAGUAAAUGUGUCUCUUGUGUUAGGCUGUUUAGUUGCAGAAAGAAAAAUUUAUAUUCCAAACUAGAAUGAUACAAUGGGUCUAAUUAUUUUGAAAUAUUUAGACUAGACAAGAAAAGCAAUAAUAAUUUACUUUUACUGAAAAUCUUAAAGAAAAACUAAAAGAUCUAAUGAAAAAUUUCUCACACUGCCGUAAAAAUUCAUGUUUUCUCAAGUUUUGCUUUCAAAUUAACCUUAUUCCUUGAUAAUUUUAAUCUGGUUGGCAGUUGAUGCUUAUAGCAAUUUAGAGCUACUAAUCCUUUAGAAUUUCCUCUGUCUGACCCCCUACCUUUAUUAAAAACCCAAGUCAUUUCCAGUAGAAAUACCCGUUCCCAAAACAUACCAAAUCCUGAUUCCUUUUUCUUUAUUCACAAAGCUUUAAAAGAUGGCACCAGCCCAUCCUUAUGCCUCAGUACUCACCAUAAUCCCAGAGUGAGUGAGACCCCAAUAUACUUUUCUGAUAAUAGCUCGUUUGGAAACUAAUAUUAUGAUAAUCAAAAGGUUUGCUCAAAUUGUUUAAGCAUACUUAUGCUGAUUGCUUUAGCAUGAUAUUUAUGGAAAAAAAAAUAUAAAACAAACAAAAAAAUAAACAUAGAAAGUAUUCAAUGGAUCAUCUCCCAACUCUCAUGGCUAUAAAUUGCCCCCUCCCCACUUCUUUUUUUUUUUUAUGAACAUCCCAUCAUUCUGCCAUUGAUAUUUUUCUUUUUUGCAGAGAUCUGUUCAUCAUGAAGAUAUUUCUAAAUCUAUUUUAUUUGGUCCACUUACUUGAAGUCUGUGGCAUUGCUUCACUCCAUAAAUAUAUAAAAUUUCCUAUCAUCAUUUGGUUUCCAAUUCAUCAUACUCACAAAAUGUGCAUCGUCAUGCACGCUGACUGUUAAAAUAAUGCAAAUUGUACAUUCCUGCAUUUUUUUUUUAUUCUGUAAGAACUUGGAAUAAAUACUUUCUGUAAAGAUUGUUUAAAAAAAAAAAAAAGCCAUUUUAGUUUGUUUACUGAUCUUGUGUCACUGUAGACAUUUGUGUCCAGUUUUCCCUACUUUGAUGACUUGUUGGACAAACUUGAUCCAGAGGAUUGGUUAGUGGUCAAAGAUUAUGGAAAUUAGUACGGAAUGGAUGGAUUUAGUGAAACAGAGGUCAAAGUAUGUCGUGUAUUUCAGUGUGUUAUAUAUAGAUUAAUUAAAACUGCAAUUAACAAAGUGCACAUCAAAUCUGAUGACAGUAAAAAUAAGUGGUGUAUUAUUUUGUUAUAUAAUGUAAUAAUUAAUGAGGAAUAUAUAGCUGUACUAGAUAAGUUCUUCCAAUCACUAUUGUAGUUGUAAUGGAACUGUAUAUUAUAUUAGUUGGGCUAUAUCUUGUGGUAUGUUUACAUAAUUUACAUCAAUUUAAUAUCCACUUAUUCAUGGAUGGAAUUUGUUGAGUCAGCUCUGCCUUCCAGGGUCAAUAAAAAUAAGCACCAGAAAAGUACUUGGUGCAAUGAACUCCCUGCAACCUAAAAUUGCUGGUCUUUUGCCAACAUUUGAGAGAAUUCUUACAUGUUAGGAGGAUGGAUUAGCAGAAUUGACAAAGUGCUUUAUAGUAAGUUAGUUAUGGCUCUUUACAUUCUGAGUUCAAAUCCUACUGAGGUCAAUUCUGCCUUUUAUCCUUCUAGGGAUCACUGUUAUCAGCUAAUACCCUCUACACAAAAUUUCAGGCCUUAUGAUUAUUUUACAAUAUCCUUUGUUUUUUUUGUUUUUUUUUUCAUGUUAAGUUUUCAAAGUAACUAGAGGUUAUCAUUCACUGGUUUCAGUCAUUGAAUAGCAGCCCUACUAAGGCCGACCCCAAUACUUAUUUUUUAAGUCAGAUACUUACUCUAUCAGCAUCUUUCGCUGAACCCCUAUAUUAUGGGGAUAUAAGCAAACCAAAACUAGUGGCGAUAGGGACAGACAAAAUCUUCACAUUCAACAGAUUUGCACCAAAUCCACUCAGUGGAACUGAAUCGAAAACCAGAGGGUUGUUAAGCAAGUUUCUUUACCACACACCCAUGCCUAAUGCUAGUUUCCUUUGUUGCAUGUCUUUGCAUGAAAGAAAACUAACAUUUUCUUCAAGUUUGGUCAUAGAAAAGGAAAUAUUUAGGUCACGCAUGAUAGAUUAUUCAAGUUUAAUUAGAUAACCUACCCACAUAUCCAGCACAGAUUAAUCGGUCACUAUGGUUAUGUAGGUGGUUACAUUGCUAUUAAACUGAAAGCAUAUACUUGGUAGGUGUUGUUCCUUUACCAAUACUUAAGUAGUUGGAUGUCUUACAUAUACUCUUUUACUUGUUUCAGUCAUUUGACUGCGGCCAGGCUGGAGCACUGCCUUUAGUCGAGCAAAUCGACCCCAGGACUUAUUCUUUGUAAGCCUAGUAUUUAUUCUAUCGGUCUCUUUUACCAAACUGCUAAGUUACGGGAUGUAAACACACCAGCAUCGGUUGUCAAGCGAUGUUGGUGUAUAUAUAUAUAUAUACACACACACAACGGGCUUCUUUCAGUUUCCGUCUACCAAAUCCACUCACAAGGCUUUGGUUGGCCCGAGGCUAUAGUAGAAGACACUUACCCAAGGUGCCACGCAGUGGAACUGAACCUGGAACCAUGUGGUUGGUAAGCAAGCUACUUACCACACAGCCACUCCAUUAAUUUUCUACAAUGAAAAAAUAUCCGAAACCGUUAAGUAAAAUGGGCAAAUAUCUUAAUCUUCUCAAUAUUCUGUAUGUAUUAAAAGUAACAGCAUGAAAUUUUCUGGGAGGAGGAAUGUUUCAAAUUGUUGUCAUUCUUAUCCUAUCAUGGCUAUCUCUUAUAACAAAGAAUCAGUCCCAGAAACCCUAUAAAUAUCUUUUAUAAUAGCUACUGAAGAGACCAGACAGAAUACAGCACGAGAUAUACGAGCUUUGUCUCUUGUUUUUGAGAUCAAACCCACCCAACAUUGAAUUUGUUGUGUAUUUUUAUCAACAAUAAAAAUAACAGCAAUUUAGAGAAAGAAAUUUAAUUCACUGCAUUCUAUCCGACAAAACUUGGCCCUGGGCUGCCUCUUUGGAUCCCCUGAUGUGAAUUUUAUUUUUUUUAAAUGAUUUUGGUAUGCUAAGGGUAAUGGGGGGGGAGGGGGCAUCUCAACCUGGAGACUUGGCUUGCAACUGAGCAGACUCUACUAAAGGCAAUUGACAACAGUCAGAAGGUAUUAAACCAGGUAUUAGAUAAAAUCUACUACAUUUAGUUUGCGACUACCAACCUUCACAUACAAAACUUUGCUGUGGAGCUAUGCCAAAAGAGACUGCGCAGUGGGGUUGAACUCAUGUAACUACAAAAUGAAUCUUCUUAGCACACGGGUCCUGCUAGAAUCACAUUCACUAACAGUGAUGUGCUUCAUGCUAUUGUAUUACACUUUCUUUACUGAAAAUUUUGGCCUUGCAGCAGCCAGUUAUAUCAUCUUUUAAUGUCCAUUUGCCAUGCUGGCAUGGGUUUUAUAUAGAUAUAUUGGGUCAUGCCAUAAAUAAUACGGUUUUUUUAUACUCAUUUUUCAAAAUUAAAAUAAAGUUCUUUUUAAAUUUAAAAUAAGCUCUCCAUUCCCUACAAUUCUCUUCCAUCUAUCUCAUCGACUUGCAAGGCCCUUCUUCCAAAAUUCACUUGUCUGUGAGGAAAAAUACUCCUCCAGUACUGUUCUGACCUUGUCUACAGAAUUCAUGUUUUUUCUGUCUAAAUGAUUUUGAAGACUGUGGAAUAAAUGAUAAUCAGAUGGGGGGGCAAUAUCCAGCAAAUAUGGUGGGUGUAACAUCAUUUCCCAUUCAAACUGCUCCAGACUUUGGAAUGACAUCCUUGCUGUAUGUGGCUGUGCAAUUAGACUUGGAAAGUUUGUGAGGAACCCAUUGACCCAAUUUGCUAACUUUUCUGAUGGCAUGUAAGUGUUGAUGAAUGGUUGAAUGACCAAAUCCAACCUUGUCUGCUGGUUCCUCAACAGUUGUUACAAGGGAAUUUUGUCCCAAUAGGGUUUGCAAGACGUCCUCGUCAAGCUCUACAGAUCAUCCAGGACAAGGCUCAUCUUCUAGGCUGUACUUUCCGGCUCAGAAUUUCUGGAACCACCAUUAACACCGGCUUAUGCUUAUUGUCUGAUCCCCAUAUACUGCAUUAAUAUUCCUCGCACUUUCCAUUAUGUUGUUGCCUUUAUUGAACUCAUAAAGCAAAAUAUGCUCCUUUGUUACUUCCAUUAUAGCUUGGAAAAAAAUAAGGACAAGAUAAAAAAUAAUACCUGCUUUCAUAGCAAGUUGAUGCAGGUAGUUUAUCUUCUUCCCCUCCGACUUUUAGUUUAUGCAAAUGAAAAAAAAACGCAUUAUUUAUGAGAUGACCCAAUACAUUCUGAAAAGGAAUAUAUAAACUUAGAUAUUAUUGUUUCAUACCAAAAACAAGACAUUAAAAAUCCAUACCUUUCAUCUGUGACCUGAUGUUAAAGAAAUUAUGUUCCGAUGAAAUAUCAACAUUCAUUAGCUGAGAAAAUUUUAUUGAAGAUUUUUUUCUUUUUUUUUUGACAAUUAUCUGUUUAACAGCAGCAAAUCGUUCUACGUUUGUUGCCCUAUAACAAACAAUAGAUUACGCAUUUUAUUGGAAGUUGACAGCGACUCAUGUAUUCAUGUUGAAACAGUCACAAAUAAGUAUUACAACUCAUAUCUAAAAUGAAUUGCAGGAGACAGCAUUCCAAAACAAAUUGUGCAAGACAGACUGGAUAUUUAAAAAAAAAAAAAAUUUCUACUCCUUAAAAAGGAUCGAUAAAAAUAAUUACUUUUUUUUUUUAAACUUAUCUUUAAGUGUUAAGGUUGAUUUCUUUACAAGAUUGCUCAGGUUGACAUUAAAUUUCUCUCUCUCUCUUUCAAGUGUGAUAUAAUAAUAUUUCAAAUAAAAAUAAUCCAAAUAUCAUCACAGGAGUGCCGUGGGCAGAAUUUGUCAUUUAUAGAGAUGGUGGGCUAGCAGAAGACAAAGUGCCAUAAUGCAUACAUACAGUAUUAAUCAGGAGAUAAUAAUGUGCUAGUAAAAUAGAUUCACACAGAAAAAGCCAUUGAUAUAAAUAGCAAUACAGUUUUAGAAAAUGUACAUGCAGAUUGGAUUGCAUCAAAUGAUUUGCAGCAGUUUUAUGAAGGAGCCCUGUUGUCCAUGUAAUAAUAUAUAUAUAUACAUACAUAUAGAGCUGUUUACAUGACAGACUUGAAGCCUGAGAGUUUUACAAUUGGAUAAAUAGGAAGCUGUGACAUUUAUGUCUUUCCCAGGCUAAAAUGAAGUGAAAUGGUUACAACUUGUAUCCAAUGCCAGGUUGUACUAAGAAUUUCUAAUAUUCAGCAUAUGCCACAAUUAAUUAGAAUCCCACUCACUCCAUUAGUUUUCUUUCUCAUUAUUAUUCCAUCUUAUUUUUCAAGAUGUUCACUGCCCCCACCUCCAAGAAGAAAUAUUUGUGAUUACUGGAAUCAUUUAAACAUAGAAAAGGAAUUGCCAAAUAUUUCUAUUCAGUAUUUUUUCUUAUUUUUCAUAAAUUUGUUGUUAGUUGGAAUAAUAAAGACAAAAUAAUGCGUAAAUGACUUGAAAAGCAAAAACGAUAACUUAAUAUAAUUAGCAAGGAAAAAAAUUGAAUUAACAUUUAGAAAAUAAAGUUUAAUAAACUAGAAAAGAGAACCAGAUGAUGUAGAGUUUGAUUGAAGGAAGGGGACUUCUGCAAUCUGUUCACAUUAUAUAUAUAUAUAUAUAUGUGUGUGUAUAUAUAAGAUGGAAAUAACCUGUGUGUAUUGGAUGGAGCGAUAAUACAGAAGCUAGGGAAAAUUGCUAAUAUGUAAUUGAAAUGUUGCCUGUAAAACUCAUUAAAAGCUGAAUCUGAAUGUAACGACUAUUAAUAAAUGUCUCCUGUAUUAGACAUUGAGAUUAAUACUUUGUCAAUGAAAAAAAGUUUACUGUACAUACAUUACAAAAAGGUAUACUUUACACCCAUACACAUGUAUCUCUGGUGCAUGCUGUGUCCUGUGUUAGCUGCUCUUGGCUGUGGAAAUCCUAACCUUUGAUAUGUACUGCAUAGAUUAAAUUUUUACUGUAACACAAACAUCAAACCCUUACAUCAGUAAAGGAAUAGAAAUAUUUUUGUCAAUGUACCAAAUCAGAAUUUCAAUUAAAAAAAAUAAAAUAAAAUAAUUAUUUUGUCAGAGCUGCUGUUGGUAAAAGUAAGAUCUUUUGUGCCAUUUGAGGAAAUUUUUAAGAGUUUUCUUGUCAAGGGGGGACAAUAUGAAGACACUAGUAAAAACACUACAUCACAGAGACAUAAUUACAAACAAGCAGGGAUGGGCGGGGGAAGAAGGAAAAAAAAAGAA